ACAUCAUGAGAAGUGUUUCUUCUCAGGCGGAAGCUGUGUUGAAGAUGAUGAAAGGAACAUGUCUGAACAUGCAGGAUCUUCAGUGGUUUUAAUCAGUGAUUGGAUUCAAGAUUUAGAUCUCAUGAGGUGUAAUGGUACCAUAUCCUCAGUGUGGUAUGGCAUGCAAUAUCGCCAUUCGUUUAUACCGAGGAGCCAAAGAAUGAAUUUACAUGUACUGAGGACUUACUGCUCCCCAGUACCUAAGAGGCCUGAGACUAAGACUGCAGUGGAAAUGGCCAUGAUACUUUUUCAUCGGAUGACAGAAGUAGGGAAAGUUUUGGGAAGAAACUCGCUCAAAAGAAUCUCUACAACAGUCAAAAGUUGGUGGGAUAGAUAUGAAGAGUUUGUUGGUCUUAAUGAAGUUCGAGAUGCUCAAGGAAAAGUGACAGAGGCUGAAAAAGUGUUUAUGGUAGCUCGAGGGAUCGUACGAGAAGCUCGUGAGAGCAUAGAAGCCCAUCAAAUCAAACUGAAGGAAGUUCGCGAUCGUUUGGAUCGAGUAUCCCGGGAAGACACCCAGUACUUAGAACUGGCUACCCUGGAACACAGAUUGCUGCAGGAAGAGAAGAGGUACCGAACUGCCUAUUUAAGUGCAGAGGAAUCUGAGCGGGAAAAAUUCUCUCUCUUCUCUGCAGCUGUGAGGGAAAGCCAUGAAAAAGAGAGAACAAGAGCAGAAAAAACGAAGAACUGGUCCAUUAUUGGUUCUGUACUAGGAGCUAUUAUCGGUGUCCUUGGUUCCACAUAUAUCAACCGAGUAAGGCUGCAAGAAUUAAAAGCCUUAGUUCUCGAAGCACAGAAGGGACCGAUAAGCUUACAGGAGGCCAUCAAAGAACAGGCGUCCAGCCACUACAUACAACAGAAGGAUCUCAGUGACCUCAUUGACACCCUGAGAAACAUGUUGGAAGCUGGGACUGGGACAGAAGGCAUGAGUGCAUCAUUAAAAAUAGACCCUCUUUUAGUUUCUUUAAAAGAACAUCUAAACUACUCUAAACAAGUCAGUUCCUGCAUGGGGAGUUUACAACAGCAGCUUAGCACCCUGGAAGAAAAUUUAGGACAAAUGACUGCUGAGGUACAAAAUGUUAAACAUGCAGUUCAUUCUAGACCUGUGGAAAGAGUGGUCCUUGGCUCUUCAGCUGAGGUAAAGGGCCAGGCCUUAGCCAUGCAGGAUGUGAUUCUAGAAUUGUGUGGUGCAGAGCGGAGACUGGAAACACAAAUCAAGAGAAAUUCAAUCUUCAGCACUGCACUAACCUGCACUGUGUUUGCUGUUACUCUUCCUGUGCUAUACCUUUUAUUGAAAGGAAAUUAGUUUCCAAUGGAGAGAAACAUAAUUUACUAGGUUAAUAAAAUUACAUUUGCACCCUAAACACUCGGAGUUAGUGCUAGUCAAAAAUCUGUAUUAACAGUUUCUAAUCUUGCUUUCUCCAUAAUUCAUAGAAAUGGAAAAUACAUUUGAACAUUUAGUCCUUCCCCCCCUGGGCAGGCUUACUUUUUGCAGUAUUUUUUUUUUUUACCUCUAGUGAUUUGUACAGUCGAGUUUAAAUGUCUCAAGCAAUGAGAGUUCCACAACUUCAUUUUGGUAGAUUCUUCUGCCAUAGUCUUUUCUAGUUUAUUCUGCAAUCCUGUAGAGCUUACUCUGAGAGACUGUUCCUCAUGUUCAAAUUAUUAUUAUUAUUUUUUUUUACUUUUAAUUAUUUGUGUUUAUACCCUUUGGCUUCCAUAUAUAAUUCUCCCCCAUUCAAGCUUAUUACUUAUCCUAUUGAUUUUUCAAUUUGUCCAUACCCAAAACUCUGCUGGGCAAUUUACCAAACAAAUAAAAAUGUCUACCAUGAAGAUUUUUAUCUAAAUUUUAAAUAGGGUACAGUGAGUGGAAGUGACAAACAAUAGGGAUGGGAUGUCCAAGGAAGGAUGAAGGUUACAGCAAUA